AUUGGUUGUUUAUUUACUUGGUGGGUUUAUUUCUUCAGGUUUGUAGCCAAGUUCAUCAACAAGGAUGAAAGAGCAGCUAUGUCAUGGAAUCAAGAAUUCACAAACGUUUAUGUGGAGAAUCUGAUCGAAAAUGUUACAGAGGAUAUUCUACAUAGAUUGUUCUCUCAAUAUGGAAUAGUCUCUAGUGUUGUGGUUAUGAGGGAUGGUAUGGGAAGAUCUAGAGGUUUAGGAUUUGUCAACUUCUGCCAUCUAGAAAAUGCUAAGAAAGCUGUGGAAUUUCUCUGCGGACGACAACUUGGAUCGAAGACUUUGUUUGUUGGUAAGGCACUCAGGAAAGAUGAAAGGAUGGAGAUGCUGAAACAACAUUUCAGGGACAACUCUAUUGCCAAGCCUAACAUGGGGUGGUCCAAUAUGUACGUGAAGAACCUGAGUGAAUCAAUGAAUGAUACAAGACUGCGAGAAAUAUUUGGAAGGUAUGGGCAAAUAGUCUCAGCUAAAGUGAUGCGUCAUGAGAAUGGCAGAAGUAAAGGCUUCGGCUUUGUGUGCUUCUCGAACCGUGAAGAAUCCAAACAGGCUAAAAGAUAUCUCAAUGGUAUAUAUACUAUAUAACUAAAGUAGCUUACCUUAUCUGUGUGCCAGACCAAUCUGAUAUAUACUGAUUAAAUCUGGACUACUCUUACUAUUUCCACUUAUUUUCAGUUGAUGGAAAGCCAUUAGUUGUUCGAGUUACCGAGCGCAAAGAGGAUACACUCAAGAGGCUGCACCAAUACUUUCAUGGACAACCACGCCAUUACACGCAAGCUCCACUUGUCCCUUCACCAACUCAGCCAGUCCUCUCAUAUGUGCCCAGCUCAUAUGGUUACUUGCAGCCAUUCCAUGUCGGGACAUCGUAUUACUUUAUGGGCACUCAGUUACCACAAAUGUCUGGCCACCAAAACAUCACCACCUAUGUAAGCAUUUCUCUGCAUCUUCAAACAAUUCCAAAACCUGUCUUUUGCAUUAAGUAUCACUCACACUUCCUAUUAUAACUCAGGUUGCAGCAGGGAAAGCUCCUCUCAAGGAGAACAGAUCAUUGCACCUGGUCUAUAAACACCCGGUAUGCCUUCAUUAACAAUAAAAGACUGCUGAAUCUUUCAUUAUCUCCAUCGUUUUUAUGUUGAAUUAGUUGUUUAUGUUA